AAGAUUCCGGAAAAGGAGGAAAAAGAGGAAAGUAUUGCAUUUCUAUCCUAGACUGGGGAACUAGAUGACAGGGACACGAAGGGUGGUUGCUGCCACAGGCACAUCCAGCAUGUGGGCCCUGACUGUCCUUCUGCUUCUGGUUUCAAGCAGUGGGCAAGCUGUUACCCUGGAGAAGCCCAUAUUGUCUCUACACCCACCUUGGACCACAAUUUUCAAGGGAGAGCGAGUCACCUUGAGGUGUGAUGGAUACCACCCUCUACUCCUGGAGCUCCGGCCUAUCAGCACUCUCUGGUAUUUGGGCCACUUACCACUGCCCUCUCACAAGAAGAGCAUUGAGGUGCAGACAGCAGGGGUGUAUCGAUGCCAGACACGGGGGGCACCUGUCAGUGACCCCAUUCACCUCUCUGUAUCCAAUGACUGGCUGAUCCUGCAAGUGCCCUACGCUCCCGUGUUCGAAGGCGAGCCGCUGGUCAUGCGUUGCCGCGGCUGGUACGACAAGGUGGUCUACAAGCUCCACUACUACCACGACGACCAGGCCGUGCGCUACUUCCACUCCAGCGCUAACUACACGGUGUUGCAGGCGCGUGCCAGCGACAGCGGGCGCUACCAGUGCUCGGGCACCAUGCGCAUCCCGGUGGAGAGUGCUCCCAUGUUCUCCGCCAAGGUGGCUGUGACCGUGCAAGAGCUGUUCCAGGCGCCGGUGCUGCGGGUGCUGGGUGCGGAGGAGGCACGCG